UCGCGCGAGAGCACAUGUGACGUGGUCACGUGGUUGCUGGAAACGAACACAGGGUGAAGAAAAGAAAUGGCGAUGCUCGGAGGCUUCAGCUCUACACAGCACAAGAAAAACAUAUCUGACACCAACAGCGACGUGUCAGAAUUUGUCUGUCCGGUCUGUCUUGAAAUAUUCGACAGUCCCGUCACAACACAAUGCGGCCACACGUUCUGCCAGAGUUGUUUGCAGGAAUGUUUGCGUCCGCAAAAACCUGUCUGUGCUGUAUGUCGGGCAACUCUUGGCCAUUGCACUAAAGCUGUGGAGCUAGAGGCUCUGAUUCAAUCAUCUGUGGCAGCUUGCAAAGGUUGUGGAACUCAGGUUGGCCUUUCUCAGAUGAGAAGCCACACAGCUGCUUGUCUAAAAUACCAGGAGUACAUUGAGGAAGGUGUUCGUACUACUGCCCAGAGCCAACCUGCUAUCAUCAGUCCAGUGCCAAACCGUUACACGUUUACCUGCCCUUAUUGCAACUGCCAGAACCUUGAUCAAGACGGCCUGGUUGAACACUGCACUUCUCAGCAUGCUCGUGACGCACGCCAAGUGGUUUGCCCCAUCUGUGCCUCCAUGCCGUGGGGGGACCCAAACUACAGGAGUACUGACUUUUUCCAGCACCUCAAGAUUAGACACACCUUUUCAUAUGAUACCUUUGUUGAUUACUCAACAGAUGAGCACACAAUGAUCCAGGAGGCUCUACAGCGCUCCCUUUUGGACAACUGAAGUGUGAAGAACAAUCCAGAGGAAAGACCUAUGUAUGAAGGGGAGAUGGCAAUGUGAUGUCUUAAGAAGGCAGAACAACUCGCUUGUAUCGUCACUAAUAUUCACAAAGAUGAGAUACUCGCAGAUCAGUUUCAGAAGAGAUUGUACCCAUGACUUUAGUGGAUUAUUUUGGCAUAAAUAAACCACGCAACACCUUGUCUGAUUUAGGUCUGAUAUGGUGUGGCAGAUGUGAUGAUCUCUAAUAUUCCUCCCCAGUUCAGCCUGUUGAAUAUUUUUUUAUCCAGUUAAGCUGUUCCUAAAGCCCCCAUACUACAAAUCCAAACUCCUAAACGUUCAGUAAGAGGGCACUACCACUCGGUGGCUAGCAGUUGCCAGCAAACUUCAGUCAACAAGUCAAGUAAUGGUAAUAAUUGAUGGGAAUUUACUGACGGUGACUCAAAAGGGAGAUAUAUUUGUCUGAUUUUAUUUGCAGGAGAUCUUUUUUUACACAGUGUAAUGUGUGUGUUCUCUGGGUGUUUGAAUGUUUUACUAAAAAGAUAAUUAUGUGAGGAAAUAACAAACCCAGAGAUGUUUGAAUGUGUCUCUACUGGCGUGCCUGCUUGUAGGUCUUGUUCCUCACUUCUAAAACACACAGGGCUGAGGGUUCACUCUGAUGCAAGGAGAGCGCCAUUUUUAAUGCUAUACCGUAAAGCAGCCACUUCACUGAUGUUCAUGUGGAGAAUUUAUUUGCAUGGGUUUGUCCACUGGAGGGUAGUAGCGUCCAACCCUUGACAGCAGCUGUUAAAGCGUGCCCUUCUGCUGCUCUUCAGUGUAUUACUUUGGACUACAGCAUAAAUAAAUGUACAAAUUGCAGCAUAACCACAGUUUGGCGUGUAGACACUUUGUCACUUAGGUCAAAUGUUUGUUUUGUCAUGCGCGCCACCUCGGUUCACUAUAAUCACUGCUAACUGUCCUUCGGGUGAGGGGGAGGCAGUCCUGUGCUUCCUAUAAGUGUCAGCAGAAUAUUUUUAUUAAGUAGUUCCGUCUGUUGCACAGUGCACAACAAACCCAGGUGAAGUAGCUGUAGCUUCAGGCACUUAACGGUUUGAAGAGUCUUUGGUGGCACUCGGGCCUCAAUGUUUGUUUCUCCUGUCUUAUGUGUUUUAAUUUGUGUUUUUCAUAAUCACUUUUUUCAGUGUAUCUCUUGUAAGUUCUACUGUCUGGUGGAGCCUAAUCUUGAUACAUUAAAGCUCUUU